AUGUAUAGACCAUCAAGAGAUAGUUAUCCCUUGAAGUUUCAACAGAGUUGGUUAAAGGAUACCAUUCUAUCAUUAAUUAGAGAUGAGUUUAGUUAUACCCAACCGAUAAUAGCUAAAAAUAUCAUUAGUUCAGGUAAAAACAAAAAGAACUUGAAAGUGACACCCAUAUUAAGAAUUUCCAGUUUUAUUAAAACCACUACACCCAAUAAUGAUUUAACUGCUGUUUUAACUGAUUCUAGUCAUAAAAUAUUGGUCAGAUUCCCCUUCCAUCCUACCAUUGUUGAGUUUGAAACGUUGUAUAAUCAAAGAAUUACGUAUAAUACAGUGCACACUUUGAUUCAAAUUAAACAAGCUAAUUUAUUAUUCGUUAAUCGAGUUCAAUUGAAAGGUGAUUAUAAUAUGAGUCAUACGAAUAGUUUAGGAGUGGUGAUUUUAGAAAUCACCGAUCUCAGAUUAUUUCAACAAGAUCAAAUUGAAUUUGCUCCUAUAAUUGAUAACUCAUUGAAAUUUAUUUAUGAUGAUGAUGACUAUAUCAAGAUAUGUACUGGUCCGGCAUUAGGUGAUCGAUAUGUUAUUACUGAUCCUGAUGAAUAUGAUGAUGUUGUGUCACAUGAUGAAGAUCUGAUAUAA